AUGACUAAUGCACACCCUCUUAUGGUCUGUAAGUUUGAUGCGAUAUACAAUGUUGGUGACUCCAAGUCCGACACCAACAAUUUGGUUCUCGAGAACUCGGCUUUACCCUUUGCUCGACUUCCAUACGGCGAGACCUUCUUCAAGAAUGCAACAGGACGGUGCUCCAAUGGUUUGCUUAUGAUCGAUAAUAUAGUUUUGGUGGUUGGAGCUCCCUUUCUUUAUCCUAAUUUGAAAAAGGAUGUGCUCUUUCUACCUCGCUUAGGAGAGAACUUUGUUGUGGUUGGUUCUACUUCCUUGUCUACAAAUACUCUUCAAAAGAAAAAUAUCUUGUUCCCGGUUACUAAUAGCUCUCUCGAUGUACAAUUGGAUUGGAUGUCUUCCCAUUUCAAUGCAGCUUGUCUCAAUGACCAAAAUUGUGUCAAGAAGUGUAAUAAAGCCUUAUUCAUGGUGAGAGAAAUUGAAGGUAAUGAUUAUUACUAUGCAUUCUUCCAAGGCAAACCCGUUGAGGAGAUCAAGGCCAUGGUUCCAUAA